AUGUCAGCACCGAACGAGGGCACGCCCAACGUGGCUUUCCAGAGCGAGGCCAAGUAUCCACACCAGACAACCGACUUUCGUGGACCAGGUGUGUCAACAGAAAACCCAGCAGGUGCCUUCCCACGCGAUCUCCGUCAACCCGAUCCCGAUCCGCUCGAAGCGCAUCGACCCAAGAGCACGAUCUUUGGAGCCAUCGAGAAUCCGUACGCCCUUCAAGAAGCACUCACCAAGCUUGAAGCCGGUAUUGACGAGGUCAUCGGCUUGUUCCAGGCUGAAAAGAAUACCCUCGCCAAGGAAGGCAGCUUUACAAAGGGCAACCAAGGUAUCGAGCUCUUCGAGUCUUGGAAGCAGCAGCUCGAGCGCAUUAAGCGAGGCCAAGAGUGA